UCUCCAUCCUCCCCACCAACCACUGUAACAACACUCUCAUCUCAUCCACGCUCCGCCGUGUCGCCGCCGCACUGCCGCCAAAAUGACAGGCGUCCAUGUCCUAAUCUUCCCCUACCCUGCUCAAGGCCACAUGCUACCGCUCUUAGACUUCGCUCACCAACUUGCCUCCCGUGGCGUCACCAUUACCAUUCUUGUCACCCCAAAAAACCUCCAUCUCUUAAACGCCCUUCUCUCCGUCCACCCUUCCAUCGGAACCCUCGUCUUACCUUUUCCGGCCAACCAACAUCUCCCCGCCGGCGUCGAGAACGUCAAGGACCUGCCGCCCGAUGGUUUCCGCCACAUGAUGCGGAAUCUCGGCGAGCUUAGGGGCCAAAUUGUCCGGUGGUUUCGCAGCCACCCUUCGCCGCCGACGGCCAUAGUUUCCGACUUGUUCCUCGGCUUCACCAACGACGUCGCGGCCGAGGUCGGCGUCCGCCGCUACGUUUUCUCUUCCUCCGGCGCCUUCGCCCUCUCUGUUAUUUAUAGUCUCUGGCGCGAAGUGCCCAAGAGAAAGAAUCCUAACGACGACGGAGAGGUUAUCCGGUUCCCGAAUAUUCCCAGCUGCCCGGAAUUUCCCUGGUGGCAGAUAUCUCCGGUGUACCGGAGCUACGCCGACGGGGACCAAAAUGAUGAAUUCUUCAGAGAGUGUUUCCUGGCGAACAUACUGAGUUAUGGACUCGUGUGCAACUCAUUCACUGAGUUGGAACGUGUUUAUUUUAAGCAUUUAAUGGAGUAUUUGGGCCAUGAUAGGAUUUGGGCCGUAGGCCCAUUACUGCCCUUAGAAAAAGGGCAAGCAGAGAGAGGUGGGCUUAGUUCAAUCUCAACCAUUGAUAUAAUAUCUUGGCUUGAUUCUUGCCAAGAUAACUCUGUUGUGUAUGUUUGCUUUGGUAGUCAAUCAAUUCUAACCAAUCAGCAGAUGGAAGCAAUAGCAUUGGGGUUGGAGAAAAGUGGGGUCAGGUUUAUAUGGUCAACGAGGGGUCCGACAAAGGGACACGUGGAAGAAGGAUACAACUCGGUACCUUCUGGUUUUGAAGAUCGUGUGGAAGGGACGGGAAUAGUGAUCAAGGGAUGGGCACCACAAGUUUUGAUACUCCAGCACCGAGCCGUUGGUGCAUUCUUAAGUCAUUGCGGUUGGAAUUCGACCUUAGAAGCGUUAGUAGCUGGAGUUCCGUUGUUAACUUGGCCAAUGGGAGCCGAUCAAUACACUAACGCAAUUCUCAUAGCAGAUGAACAUAGAAUUGGAACUAGAGCGAGUGAGGGUGACGAAACGGUUCCUAACUCGGACAAGUUGGCUCAAAUACUAAUUGAUUCUCUGGGUCAAGAAGGAAAAGGAGUUGAACAAAGGGAGCGUGCAUUGCACUUACGCUGAGCAGCAAUGGGUAGUGUCAACAAGGGUGGAGAUUCAUUCAACAAUUUGGAGGACUUUGUGAUGCACUUGUUUGAAGAGGCUUCAAAAAAUGUAAAUACCAUGCCCAAUAGGCAAUAAUAUAAUGUAUAAGUUCGAAUUUGAAAAAGUUAAUAAAAAAAUGUUUUAAAAUUU